GUACCAGUACUCCGUGAUAAGCGAACGGAACCGAGUCCAACGCUGGAGUGGUCCAAGGGGUUCUCGUCUGAUGUUUUUAAGCUUACUUUUUCGUGGAAACUUCGGAUGAAUCGGGGAAAAGAUUUUGCGUUCCAGCGCGACCUCUAAGGUACUGAUUGGAGAGGUUGGACCGUACAAUAUCAUGAUGAGACUACAUCCACGACUGGGUGCCGAUUGACAUGUCAACGUGCGUUACAAAGAUAUUUCGGUAGUAAAUACUGGCUACAGUUACGACAAUGUUUGAAGUUCCUGAUGCAAAGCGGUGAGUCUCUCUUCUUGCGCAAGAUGAAAGGGCAGAGCAAGAGGAAGGAAAGAAGAGAGGAACCUCACGCAAAUGGCUUGCUGAUGAUGCUUCAUCUAGUGUUCGGAGAAGCGAUCUGUAUGCACACUCGCGAUCGCCGUCGAGGACCUCGUCGCCAGAGGUUCAGGAUGAAGCAGCUCUGAGAGAACGGGAAAGAAUCGCGAACGAGAGAUUUGCGGAAUUAUUUGGGGGCGUCGAGUUUAUUACGACUACUGCUACGACUAAGAUUACGAACGCGACGGAGCGAAAACCGUCCUCGAGCGAAUCGCAUUCCGAAGCUGAUGAAGAGGGAGGCGGGGGUGGAGAGAAAGAAUUCGAGUUCCGGCUCUUUUCCACUGGCAAUGAAUCGAAUACUGAAGGCGAAAGGGCGAAGGCUACACAGAAAAUCAUUCUCGUGGACGAAGAGGGAGAGGAACUUGGCGAAGGAGCAUUCGUGGGAAAAGGACGGGGCGAGGAAUAUUACUUCUGGGAUGCUAAUGCGACCGAAGGCGGUAAAGAAGGCUUUGAGAGGGUUGCCGUUUCUGAGGAAGAUAUAUUAAAGAUUGCGGCAACAAGGCACUGGGGACUGGAAGUUCCGUGGAGAGUUACGGUUCUCAAAAGUGUCGGAAAGACCAAACGAGGCAAGGAGGUGUUAGUUAUUGAGGGGCAAGAUCGGGGAGGGAAAAAGAAACCUGGGAAGAAGAGAAGGAUUAUCCUGAGAAAGCGACAGAAAGCUAUUGAGGAGGCAAAAGAGAAAAAGAGACUUGAGGAAGAACGGAAGGAAGAGGGUGAAAAGGAGAAGAGGACGAAGAGGAAUAGGGAAAAGAAGAUUAAGAGGAGGUUGAAGGAAAAGGCUGAGAAGGCUCUGAAAUCGGAAGCUGGAGAGAUAAAUGGUGAUUCCAAGGAGGAAACAAUAUCUGGUCCAUCAAUAUGAGAAUAUUAUCCUCAUAUUGUUUUAUGAGGAAGGCACACCAGGCUUACACAUUGAAGAAAAAGAGUAAUUCCACGAAUGUGGGUGUUUAAUGGGGUUCUGAUCUAUCUAUAUUGUAAAAUUCUACUUAGGGCAUGUUUGGCUACGCAAAUCUGUCCCUACAAAUUAGGUGUAAACCUUAGACAUUUGUACGCUUCUAGAGCUCUAAGGACCCGUGUAAAUCUUUCUAGAUUUGUAUAUAAUUCACACUGAUCUUAAGAAAAAAA